AGCAUAGCAACCACAAGCCAAUAGCACCAGGGGUUGUGGAAAUGUGGAAAUAGCGUCGCACCGCAUCCGCAGAAUCUAUCUUCAAGGUCGCGCGUACAAAGCAUCACGGGAAGUAUCGGAUUCUCCGUGUGACUGUGUAUCAUUGGAGAACCAUCACGAGUUCCAGACGCAAAGAUGCGGCUUUAAAUUAAAGAGCAGGAGGAGGAGGAGGAGGAACGCAGAGGUCACGCUGAUUACUGAUGGUAUUGGUUGAAGCAAACCAGGGGGCUUUUUUUUUUUUCCUUUUUUUUUCUUUUUUAAACGUCAAAGGGCAACGUGAGACUCACCACGUAUUCACAGUGUGACAAACACACACGGCAAUACACGUCGAGUGUCAGUGGAUGAGAGGCGCGCGCAGGAGCGGAUCACACACGGCGUUCAGGAAAGGUAAGCAUGCAAGCGCGCGAUGCGUUCUUUGAUGUUUACGAAAAAAAAAAAAGAUGGCGUAUAUUAUUCUCAGCUAAUAACCAUGAGUUUACCUGAAUAUCUGUAAUGUCACUGAGGGCGUAGGCUAUGUGCAGAACUGAUGCACCAGGCGGAAUUCUUCAUUAUUUUCAUCAUCGCAAGAUUACAACAACAACAAAAAAAAAAACAACUAAAUAGUGUUAGUGAAGUAUAAAUGUGUUAAUUCAAGAAGAAAAAAAACCCCAGCAGUCAAGCACCUGUUGUAUGUCGGUCUAAAGAAUCUUGAGUUAUUUUUGCAUAUCUGCACUUUUUUAUUAUUUUUUUUUUAAAUGCAUUUUAUUUUUAUUAGGCUGUUGUUAUUAUUAGUAGUAAUUAUUAUUGCAUAUCUGCAUCAUUUGGGUUCUGCAUUUCUAAUGUUUAUCAUUUUUCAGCCUAAGUGUAUCUUGCAUCGGAACCUGCGUGCAAAACUGCGCGUUCACGACUGACUCGCCGCUCCCAUUUCACUGGAACAUGGAGGGGGAGAAAAAGGAAGUGACAUGCUAUCUUCUGUUCUCUCUGGCCACGGCUGUUAUUGGCUCCCUGCAGUUCGGCUACAACACAGGGGUCAUCAAUGCACCUGAGCAGAAACUGCGUACAUUCUUCAACAACACAUGGAUGGAACGUUAUCACAAGCCCAUCGAGCCUGGAGUGUGCACAGUCGUGUGGAGUUUAGCAGUGGCUAUCUUCAGCGUGGGUGGAAUGAUGGGCUCCUUUAGUGUUGGUGUCCUUGCCAAUAAGUUUGGACGACGCAAUUCCAUGUUUUUGGUGAAUAUCUUGGCCUUGAUCGGUGGAGGACUCAUGGGGCUUUGCACUCUUUCCUCUUCUUUUGAGAUGGUUAUCGCUGGCCGCUUGGUUAUUGGCCUCUUCUGUGGCCUUUUCACUGGUCUCACCCCUAUGUAUGUGGGGGAAAUUUCACCCACUCCUCUCCGGGGAGCUUUUGGGACUCUACACCAGCUUGGCGUGGUAAUAGGCAUCUUGAUUGCACAGAUCUUUGGCCUGGAGUUUCUGCUAGGCUCAGAUAAAUUGUGGCCUCUGCUGCUGGCUCUGACUGUGGCCCCUGCUGUACUACAAUGUUUUCUGCUACCUUUCUGCCCUGAGAGUCCACGCUAUCUCCUCAUUAAUCUCAAUAAAGAAGAACAGGCUCGCAAAGCAUUGGUGCGUCUCCGUGGCUAUGAGGAUGUGUCAAAGGAAAUGCAAGAGAUGAAGGAAGAAGGUAUAAAAAUGAACAUGGAAAAGAGGAUGACCAUCCCGGAGCUCUUCCGCACAGCUGUGUAUCGUCAGCCGCUUCUCAUUGCUAUCAUGCUUCAGCUCUCCCAACAACUGUCAGGGAUCAAUGCUGUGUUCUACUACUCAACGGGUAUUUUUGCAUCUGCUGGUGUGACCAAGCCAAUAUAUGCUACCAUCGGAGCUGGAGUUGUGAACACUGUUUUCACUGUGGUAUCUCUCUUCCUUGUUGAAAGAGCCGGACGAAGGACUUUACAUCUUAUUGGCUUGGGUGGCAUGGCAGUCAGUGCCCUGGUAAUGACCAUCACCCUUGCAUUGGACCACAUCGAGUCUCUGAAAUACCUGGGCAUUGCAGCAGUGUUUGCCUUUGUAGCGAUGUUUGAGAUGGGUCCAGGACCCAUCCCAUGGUUCAUUGUUGCUGAGCUUUUCUCUCAAGGACCACGGCCUGCCGCCAUGGCCGUUGCAGGAUGUUCCAACUGGACGGCCAACUUCCUUGUGGGCAUAAGUUUCCCAAAGUUAAAGGAACUGUGUGGACCAUAUGUUUUCAUUAUCUUCAUGAUCUUCCUCAUCUUCUUUUUCAUCUUCACAUACUUCCGUGUUCCUGAGACCAAGGGCCGGACCUUUGAAGAGAUUGCUCAAGGCUUCAGCGGUGCUCCGCCUCCUCCAAGCACCAGUGUACAGGAGGUUGAUGUGGUCACAGUGCCUACCACUAUAGUCAAGGAAAAAGUCCCAUUGGUGGCGACGAAUUCUGAAGCGAAGGAGAAGAGAAGUUCCUCUGGGAGCAUUUCUAGAGAAGCUGUGAAUGGUGAGGGGAAACCUGAAUCUGCUACACAACCACUGGUUACAUCUACUACAGAUGAGACAUUCAAUACUACUAUGCAGGAAAGUAUUUAGUUAAAAUUGAAGAUUUUUUUUAUGUUAGAUAGAAUUUUACACUGUCCACAGUGUCAGUAAAAUGUAGUAGUCAGUAAAAUUGAAGUCAUUUUUCUGUUUUGAUGGAGCUAGUGCAAUGAAAACCUGGUGAAUUACUUAUAGUAAUAUUGGACUAGACUGGACUUUAUUUUGAAUUAAGUUUCCAUCACAAUACACAUAUUAUACAUAAUGAAACCUAGUUUAGGUUUAAAGUCAAAUAAGGGAAUGAUAGCUAAUUGUAGUAUUUGUGAUCCUGAAAAAUUAUCAUUUUAGGCACCACUAAUCACUAAAUAUCAUAAUUAACUGUUGAUAUCCAAAAAGCAGUUUGAAAAAAGUAUAUAGGAGUUGCUAUAGUUGCUGAUUUAAUAGUGGUAAGCACUAAGUAGUAAUGCUUGCAACUGUAAGUACAUAAUUAUGACAGUUAGUAUAUAAUGUGGCCUCUACAAGUGCAACUUCAUUCAAAGUAAUUGUUGCCUCCAACAAACUAUUAAUCCAAUGUAUAGGUAAUUUAAAAUUCCUAGACAUGAACAUAACAGAUGUUUUUGAAAAAUAAGGGGGGGGCAGACAAUAAUCAGGUUUCCCCAUGUUUUGUUAAAUGUUCUUGUGCCAUACCAAUUUAUUGAGUAGAGAUUAUAGAUUAGAGCAGUUUGUGUUUCAGAAAUGAGUUAAAUCUAAACUGCACCUUGCUUGCUUAGCUCUACAUUUAUUUAUUUAUUUAUUUAUUCUAUCUAUUUGUUUGUUUGUUUGUUAUUGAUCUAUUUAUGAAAUAUAUUUUAAGUUUUAUUGUGUGAAAUAUUGAUAUAAAAUAUUGGUAAUAUUGAUAUGUUGAUAUAUUUGUGUAAAACAUUUAUUUAUUUCUGUGCACUUUUAAGGUCCAAGAGAGAGUUUAAAAUAUAUAGUUUUUUCCUGUCUUAAUGUCAAAAAUGUGAUAUAAUACUAUAUGUCCUGUACCGAGGUGAUCCUUUCUUGUCAAAAUGAUGUGCAAUUAAUGUAUAUGAUUUUUCUCCUUGAAGGCCAAAUUAGUGUGUUUUAGGUCUAUGUAUACCUGUAACAGCGUUCUCAGUCUGAAUGCAUCAAAUCCGGGGGCUAAUCGACUUUAUGUUUUGAGAAAUAAAAUUAAGCCUAAAAAUAAGAAAAAGGAGCCUAAAAUAGAACUGUAUGCUGGUGUGGGAGAGUGUGGCAGAAGACUCAAGAGACAGGCGGAAUCUUACCUGAG